UCUGGGCAUGACGUUUUGAGUGGUCGUCAAUGGAUAUGGUGGCGACUGAAGUCAAUAUAGGAUGGAGAUCAGCUUCAGGAGUCAAACACGAUGACGGUAAACGAGCCCACGGGUGGCUCACUCCCGAUGCACUCGCAAGCACGGUCGUCUAGCUCCUCCAAUAUCCCAAAAUCUGAGAAGAAGCGGCGGAAAUGGUUUGGGACUUCUGAGCGGCGAUCUGGCCAAGGCUUCAUGACGAGGUAUGGACCCUCGAGGUCAGACCCGUGGCCACAGAGAUACAUAGCUGUGUUUGUUCUAUGCGCUCUGAUCAUUUGGUCAUUCUACGUCGUUGUUGGUCGAGUGUGCACGCCAAUGAUCAGGAAUGACUCUUCGGUGGGGUUUGGAAGGGCGAUUGGAAUUGGGACCAUGAUAACUUUCAUCAUCCUAUGGCUCGUUUUCGUCUGGUCUUACAUGAUGAUUCUGAUUGUCGGUCCCGGCUUGGCGCGAGACCAUUGUCCGAAGAUGCCAGCUCCCCCUUCGGAUUUUGUUUCCGGCCAAGCGCCGACCGAAUCCGGACCAUCCGCUGCAGAGACCGCAUCCGCUCAGAUGGUCGACUCACACUCCACCCUUGUCCAUGGUCCAGCUUUGGUCGACACUGAAGCGCCUGAGCCAUCUCAAUUGGUACCGAUAUCGCACUUGGUCUCGGAUUUCGUACGGGGUUCGGAGACGGAGGCACCAGGGUCUGCAGCAUUGAGCCGCGAAGCAAAGACACGAGGUCCGAAAGAUGAAAUAUACGUCGAGAGACCAGUGCCGUUACCGCAAACGGGCCCCAGAUGGUGUCGAUAUUGCGAGAUCAACAAACCCGAUCGGGCACACCAUUGCCGUCAUUGCGGGACCUGUGUCAUGCAGUUUGAUCACCAUUGCCCAUGGAUCGGACAGUGCGUCGGAUGGAGAAAUCACACAUAUUUCAUCAUUUUCACCUUACAAGCCUCCAUCUUCUGCUCGUACCUGGUCAUCUGGCUCGUAAUCGUCUUGACCAAGAUGCCAGAGAUCGAUGGUCAAGUGAUGGGGUUGCUUAUUGCCGCGGCCAUCUUUGGUCUCUUUGCCGGCAUGAUGUACUCAAGUCAUGUCUAUCUCAUCAUCAAGGGAGUAUCAACGGUCGAAUCGUACAAAAGCAGAGAUCAGAGAGAGCACGAAGAUCACGCCUUGCAAGCUGAGUUCGGGACACUGUGGAAGAACCAUGAAAAGCGAAAGGUCAGAAAGCGGUGGAAGGAAGAGUGGGGAGGAGUUGAAGUCGACGCAAGGUGGAAAUGGGGCAAUAGCAUGGAAAUGUGGGAGCAGGAAAUGGGCACGAAGUGGAUAGGAUGGUUCUUGCCUCUUGGACGACCGCAAGGAGACGGCAUACAUUUCAAGUCGAACCCUCGUUUUGGACCCAAUGGCGAAUGGCUCAAGAAGAAAGAUUGGCCAAAGGAAUUGCAAUGAGUCGCAUGAGUCGCGCCUAGGCAUGCCAUUGAGUGUAUAACAGGGGCUUUGUUGUAGUCAGUACCAUCAUACAUGUAUCGCUAGCCCAAUGCCUUGCUUCAAAGGACGCGAGGCGCUCAGCCUCGCGAGUCUCUUGAUCCUUUGGUCCAAGGUGUCGCC